UAGAAUUUAGGGGGGGAAACUGUGACCAUUCAGAAUCAGCAUGCUGCGUGACUGAAGACCAGACGAGGUGUUUUUACUUUCAUUGCCAGGAUAGUGAUUCCAGACUCGCAGUGAAAUUAGUGAGUCGUUAUCAAAAAGAAAGACACCAGCUGCACAAUCGCUUGUUUCAAUUGAUGAGAGAAUCAAGGAAGGUUAUGACGCCUACUGUCACAUGUUCUUUUUUGAUAAGACGUUGCCUUGGAGACAACAUUUCUUCAUUAGGCACUGUGUUGAAAUGCCAGACAAAUGAAUGGUUUACAAUGUCCAGAGUGGAACACAAGGUUCUUUAAAUAUCUUUUUCCUGUCCUGGUGUAUCUCCUCCAGUUAUGAAGUUUCCCCAAGCUUAGGGAUAUUUUUCUUUUUCUUAAAAUGAGCUUCUUGCUUUUGCUAGUGAUUUUGUUGUCUGAAGAGAUUGGCUUCAUAAACUUUGCAUUCCUGGUCAAUGCGCAGUCAAAUGAAAGGAGGGUGGUUGCUCAUGUUCCGGGAGACAUCAUCAUUGGGGCUCUGUUCUCCGUCCACCAUCAACCCCCUGCUGACAAGGUCCAUGAGAGAAAAUGUGGAGAGAUCAGGGAACAAUAUGGCAUCCAGAGGGUUGAGGCCAUGCUCCAUACCCUUGACAGGAUCAAUUCUGAUAACAGAAUCUUGCCAAAUAUAACACUGGGAUGUGAAAUUCGCGAUUCCUGUUGGCAUUCAGCAGUGGCCCUGGAGCAGAGUAUUGAGUUCAUAAGGGAUUCGCUUGUCUCCACCGAGGAAGAAGAGGGAAUGAUGCGCUGCUCUGAGAGUAACAGCACACCAAUGCGCGGCAAAAAGCCCAUUGUUGGGGUAAUAGGCCCUGGCUCAAGUUCUGUCGCCAUUCAGGUACAGAAUUUGCUCCAACUUUUCAAUAUACCUCAAAUUGCCUAUUCUGCAACAAGCAUGGACCUAAGUGACAAAACACUGUUCAAGUAUUUCAUGAGAGUGGUUCCCUCAGACGCUCAGCAAGCCCGGGCAAUGGUGGACAUUGUAAAGAGGUAUAAUUGGACCUAUGUUUCAGCCAUUCACACUGAAGGCAACUAUGGGGAGAGUGGAAUGGGGGCUUUUAAGGACAUGGCUGCCAAAGAAGGGAUCUGCAUUGCUCACUCCUACAAAAUCUAUAGCAAUGCUGGGGAGCACAACUUUGACAAGCUGCUGCUGAAGCUGAGAAGCCACCUGCCCAAGGCCCGAGUCGUGGCCUGUUUCUGUGAGGGGAUGACAGUCAGGGGAAUUCUCAUGGCCAUGAGGAGACAGAACCUAGUGGGGGAGUUCCUGCUUGUUGGAAGUGAUGGCUGGGCUGACCGCUAUGACGUCACCGAUGGAUACAGCAGGGAGGCUGCUGGGGGCAUAACCAUCAAGCUGCAGUCUGCGGAUGUCAAGUGGUUCGAUGACUAUUACCUGAAGCUGAAGCCAGACAUGAACCUUCGGAACCCCUGGUUUCCCGAAUUCUGGCAGCAUCGGUUUCAGUGUCGCCUCAAGGGUCACCCACAGGAGAAUACCAAAUACAACCGCACCUGUACCAAGAAAGAGUCUUUAAGACAACACUACGUCCAAGACACCAAAAUGGGUUUUGUCAUCAAUGCUAUCUACUCCAUGGCUUAUGGUCUGCACAAUAUGCAGCAGGCCCUGUGUCCUGGUUAUGCUGGUCUCUGUGAUGCCAUGAAACCCAUAGAUGGCAGAAAACUGUUGGACUUCCUGAUGAAAACCAAUUUCACAGGGGUCUCGGGGGAAGGCAUCUUGUUUGAUGAGAAUGGAGAUUCACCAGGAAGGUAUGAGAUAAUGAAUUUUAAGAAAAUGGGAAAGGACUACUAUGACUACAUCAAUGUGGGGAGCUGGGACAAUAGUGGACUGAAAAUAGAUGAUGCUGAAAUCUGGGCAAAUAAAAAUACAAUUAUGAAGUCUGUCUGCAGUGAGCCUUGUGAUAAGGGUCAAAUAAAGGUGAUCCGCAAGGGUGAAGUGAGCUGCUGCUGGACCUGUACACCCUGUAAAGACAAUGAAUUUGUCUUUGAUGAAUACACCUGUAGGGCAUGCGAGCUAGGCUCCUGGCCCACUUACGAUCUCACAGGGUGUGAUCCCAUUCCAGUAGAGUACCUCAGAUGGGGCGAUCCUGAGCCAAUCGCUGCUGUUGUUUUUUCCUGCCUGGGUCUCCUAGCUACUUUUUUUGUGACCUUUAUCUUCAUCAUGUACCGUGACACACCGGUGGUGAAGUCCUCCAGCAGAGAACUGUGUUACAUUAUUUUAGCAGGAAUCUGUUUGGGAUACCUAUGUACUUUCUGCCUCAUUGCCAAACCCCACGUCAUAUACUGCUACCUUCAAAGAGUUGGAAUUGGACUUUCACCUGCUAUGAGUUACUCUGCACUGGUAACUAAAACCAACCGCAUUGCCAGAAUUCUAGCCGGUAGCAAGAAGAAAAUCUGCACCAAGAAGCCAAGGUUCAUGAGUGCUUGUGCUCAGCUAGUUAUCGCAUUCAUCUUAAUCUGCAUUCAGCUGAGCAUUAUUGUUGCUCUUUUUAUCAUGGAGCCUCCAAAAGUCAUCCACGACUACCCCAGUAUCAAAGAGGUCAACUUGAUCUGCAAUACCACCAAUCUUGGGGUGGUAGCUCCCCUGGGCUACAAUGGGCUGCUGAUCCUGAGCUGCACCUUCUACGCCUUCAAAACCCGGAACGUGCCCGCCAAUUUUAACGAGGCAAAGUACAUCGCUUUCACUAUGUACACCACCUGCAUCAUCUGGCUGGCCUUUGUGCCCAUUUAUUUUGGCAGCAAUUACAAAAUCAUCACCAUGUGCUUCUCCGUCAGCCUGAGUGCCACUGUGGCGCUGGGCUGCAUGUUCGUCCCGAAGGUGUACAUCAUCCUGGCCAAACCGGAGAGGAACGUGCGCAGUGCUUUCACCACCUCCACCGUGGUGCGUAUGCAUGUGGGCGAUGGAAAGUCCUCCUCUGCAGCCAGCCGGUCCAGCAGCCUGGUCAACCUGUGGAAGAGGAGGGGCUCCUCUGGGGAGACCUUAAGCUCGAAUGGCAAAUCAGUGACCUGGGCCCAGAAUGAAAAAAGCACAAAAGGACAACAUCUCUGGAAACGUCUUUCUAUCCACAUCAAGAAGAGGGAGAAUGCCAACCAGACUGCGGUCAUUAAGCCCUUUUCUAAGGCCUCGGAGAGCCGCUACAGUAGUGACAUCAUGCAAGAGACUGGUGCCAAAAUGCUCUAUGAAGUCUCCGAGGCUGAGGAGCACUACCCAGUCCAGUACCGGCCUCAGACGCCUUCGCCCAUCAGCACCGUGAGCCAGAGGGCUUCAUCGUUGGGCCGGAAAGAGGAAGAGGUUCCCUCCUAUUUGUCCGAGCAGCCCCAGCGGAGCAGCUCCUCCCAGGGCUCGCUAAUGGACCAGAUAAGCAGUGUGGUCAACCGCUUCACAGCCAACAUCAGCGAGCUCAACAACAUGAUGCUGUCCACCUCUCCUCCUGGCACUGCUGCCAGCUCAUCGACUAUCUGCCCUCCCUACUUGAUUCCGCGGGAGAUUCAGCUCCCGACCACCAUGACCACGUUUGCGGAGGUGCAGCCCCUUCCUGCCAUCGAGGUGAACGGACGCUCGCAGGCAGCCAGCAAGACGUCCUCCACCAGCAUCAAGGACGGCACCUCAGAGUCCUCGGCAAUGAAAACAGACCUCGAGGAGCUGGUGGCACUCACCCCUCCCUCUCCAUUCCGGGACUCCAUCGACUCAGGGAGUGCGUCGCCAACCUCCCCUGUGUCUGAAUCGGCCCUUUGCAUCCCCUCCUCCCCCAAGUAUGACAAACUGGUGCUGAGGGACUACAGCCAGAGUUCUUCCUCCUUGUGAAAUGUAGGAAGGUGACAGAAAACAACACACUGUACCAGAUUCCUUGAAUCUCCGACAUACUGUAUGGCACCAUCAAUACAAAAACAAGCCUACUGUGUUUCCUAUGUUUACAUGGAUUCAACAGCCGAGUUAAAAUAAAGAAAGGGGGAAAAUGUAUUAAAUACACCUGAUGAAGCUACUUACAACUAUUACUUUAUAUAAUUUGAAACAUGCUCAGUGUAUGACUUCAAAGUAUUUAGGUUUAGGUGGUGUUCAUUUGGUAGUGGCCUUACACAAACUUGGGCUUUCAACUAAUUAGAGCUGUUCAGAUUUGGGCACCAGUGGUAUAUUUCUGGACUCGCUCGCCUUUCAAACCCGGUCAAUAUGUAUAUAGUUUUGCUACUGCCUGGUGUGCAUAGAAAAAGUUGCAGGCUGUGUUAAAUGUCAGCAGUUGUGGGUGCUGUCCUGUGUGUCCUGGAAACUGUUGAAAUUGCAACAGAAUAUUUAUAGCCUGAUUGAAAAAUAUCUCAUCACUGGAAUGUUCCUUUUGGAACCAGAUUUGGCCAGCUUGGAAAAUAAUGUAAAUAAAACAAAGUUUCAUGGGACUUGUUGGCAGGUUAUUAUACAUGCUAAUACAAAGUGCUUUGCUUUACAACCAUAAAAAAAACUCCAUGUACAUAAUCAAUCACCUUUGUCAAAUGAAGUUUUUUUCUUUUUUUUUCUUUUUUUUUCCAUAAGUGAGCCUUCGUAUCUUAUUGAAAGUUUGAAUGUAUAUUUUCUAAAUGAUUCUCAAACCAUUUGGGACCAAAACUGUCUGUACCCUUCUUAUGUGAGUGUUUGGAAAAUAUUCAUCAGGCAGAUUAUGUUCAUGUAGAGCUAUAUCAACAUAAUAUGAAAACGGAGAGACACAGCCUAUACUUGGUUUAUAGAGUUACAAAUCAACAUUACAAUCGGUUAUAAUUUAUUUAUAAACAAACAACGAAUAAAUAAAAAAUCUAUGUUUUUUUUUGCAAAAGUUGCAACCAAUAAGACAUGUAAUUUGUAAUAAGUUGUUUUUUUUCCAUGAUUUUAUUUAUUUUAAGGAGGAACCUCUCUGAACUAGGAGGACACCUUUUAAUACAAUAGCAACAUUUGAGUACCUUCUCUGAAUAUGGGAAGCAUACAGUUUGAGAGAGCUGUUCCUAAAAUUUAAUUUAAAAAAUAUUUUAUAUUGCACCUUGAAUGGCACAGCAUCUUGAGGAAUUGUGCUAUAAAACAAAGCUUAAGCAAAAACAAGUAAACAUAUUAAUACACAAAAUCUACUUCAAUAAUUAAGCUGAAUUAAAAGCUGGUCUAGUUUAAAGUGUUAACUGUUCAAAAUGUAAAAAAAUGGAAUAUUGCAAAGAAGAAAUGUCAACCUAUGAAAAGGGUCAAAGAAUGUGCGUAGUUUAAUACAAAAUGUGUUUUAUUCACCAAAAUGCCAGUAAACAGAAUAUAAGAUUUUUUCUAUUUAUCAUUUCAUAUUAUUGUAAAUACAAAGGGCAUGCUAAAAGUAACAUCUUUAAUUUGCCACUUGGAUUAAAGUAGACCCACUUUACUUUGCUAAUUAAAAAAAAAAAGAUUUUACAGAAAAUGAUACUUUCUUUAUAAAGCAAGAAUAAAUAAUAUAUUAUGUGUGUGUAGAAGCAUUUAUAUGAAUGUGAAACAAUAAAAAUUGCAAUUUGUUUGUCCAGCCAUGGUCAUUACACUCUGCAAAAUUCACAUAUCAAAGACAACAAUCUGUGCCAAAAACUAGGCUUAUUUUCAUAAGGUCAAUAGUUGAAUAUGUUCUGUUUAAGAUAUGCUUUUUUUAUAUGUGAAUAAAGAUUUUGAACAUAUCAAAGCAAUAUGAACCAUUCAGAAAGUAAUAUAUAGCACAUCUAUUUAGCACAGUGGAAAUUUGCUGUUUAAAUCUUCAUUAAAUGCUUUAAUAAAGGGAGUAAGAAAAUCUGACCAAUUAAAAAAUAUCCACCUUUUUCCAGAUAUACUGUACUGUAUAAGAAAACAAAAGCUGUUUCUGAUGGUAUAAACAUCAUUUGAAUUCAGCUACAGUAUGUUAGAGGCAUGUUCCUGAAGCCAGAAAUAAAAGAUUGUAUAGUCACGAUGCAUUACAAGGAUCUGCACACUGACUGUGUAGUUCUAUUGACAUUUACAAUGCUGCUUUAUAAAAAAGUAAUCGAUAUAUGUUUUGUACACACCCUGUUGUUUUUUUAAUUCUUUGAAAAUAUUAACAGUACUAUUAUACAGCAGGUAUGAUUCAUGACUCCUUCAAAUGGGUAGCAAUCAGUGAGAUGAACACGUACGUCCUAUUGAUAGAAUAGGUUUGUCUGAGAUUCCUGUAAUCGCCUCUUUACACAGCAAUCUCCAAACAGAUCCUUCAUUCACAUGCUGAUUUUACUAUCUAGUAAAAACUACAUUACAUUAAAUUAGCUUACAUUAAACUUGUCACAGAGAACAUAUUUUGCAACUGUGAAAAUGGCAGAUGCCAAACAUCCAGUAGUAUCAAGUGUAGUAGUAAAAUCAUCAUAAAUGACAAAGGGAUCUGGGAUAAAAGGAAUUGGCUUUCAAUUUCAGAAUUGUCUCAAAUACAGUAAGUAUUGCCAACUUGCAUUAUAUUAUUGUAUUCAACGGUCGAGGGUAGGAAAAUGGAAAAUAAUUUGUACAUUAUCUACUACGAACAUUUCUUUUAUCAAAUUCCACUUUUCUGGCAUUUUACACAUACUGUAAUUUUUAUACUGUAAUAUUUGAUACUUCAAUAACAUUGAAACAGAUAUAAGGUACAAAUGAUCAUUGUUUUGUUUAAUUAAUGUGCAAAUUGCUUGGCAUCUUUCCUAGCAUUAGAAAAAAAAGGUACAGUACAGUAUAUAUAAAAAUUAAUGAGAAGAAGAAUGUUUAGUUUGAUUAGUUAAAAAGUAAAGAGAGAUAAGUUUUGGGCCCUAUUUUUGUUCAUGAACUAAUGUAAGGUGCAUGACCACUUGUUAUCAGAUAGCUACAGUGGAUUAAACUUAAAGGUUUUAUUGGUCCAAACUCCCUUUUUAUUGUACCAUUAUAUUUAGAUAUGACUGAAGUGAGAGUUUCACAGAAAUUUAUUCAUUUACUAGUUUGAGUGAAUUGACCAGCAAGUGUUAAACUAUCAGGCAUAUCAGAAAUGUUUAUUUAAAAAUUAUUUGAUAUAGUGUUUUGCUUGUAUUUUUUGUACAGGUAUCUGAAAAUACAAUCACCUUUGCAUUGUUAAUUUAACCAAGCCAUUUGCCAGAUUCAUUUUUAGAGGGGUAGAGAAAUGUAGAUUUUUUUAAAUUUUGCUGGAUGGCUGGAAUUACAGUGUACAACCAUAUUUUAAAGUUUUUGAUGUUUUUUAUGACUAACUAAUUAGGGUUUUAAAUUUUCUUUUUAGGCGGCCUUUUAGGAAGAUGAAUUCAUUCAACACAUUUUGUGUAAGGCUGAAUUGUCAUGCAUAUUGCCCAAGACCUACAUCUGCAUAGUUGCUUAAGAUCUCAAUUUCAAAACAGAAUGUUUGUGUGAAGGGGAAUGUUAACUCAGCAGUCUGACACUUCAGUGUAUUUUCUGUUACUGUUUCUCAGAAUGUUUGAGAAGUAGGCCAGUUGACAAAGAUCUGUACUUUUAUUCGUACCCACAAAAAAUGGCAAAUCCUCAGAUUUUAUUGUUUUCUAACAAUGGUGAGCCUUCACCCUUACACAAUCACUAGAGACCGCUUUUGAACAUUGGUGUUCAGAAGGACAUGGUUUAUACUGUAUACUACAUGACUAGGAUGCUAUAUAAUAUUGAAAAUCGUGUGCAUAUUAUUAUAUAUCUGUUUAUUGUUGGCUCACAAGCAUCUAGGUCAUCAUCAGAAAUAGGGUCCUGAAUGUAAUUUAAAAGUUAUUAUUGGACUGUGGUAAGGGGAAUCUAAUAUACUCUUAAGACAGUUUGCAGUGGUAAAGUUACCAGAGGAAUUCCACAAUUGUACUGUGCUGCAUUUUGUCCAUAGUAUUACUGGCAUUGUAAGACUUCACUAUGUUUUACUACUAAGUACCAUGGAAAUAGUACAAGUGAAAACAUCUUAUGGUAAAUGCUAUACUGUAUACCACAGUAAAUUGAAACAAGGGAAGGCUCUGACCUGAUUCCAAACAGGACAUUUGUGGGGGUUUUUUGAAGGAAAACCUUUUCAUGUAUAUUAAUAAAUCCCAUAUGAAUCAGUGCCAAUUAUAAUAAAUCUGUAUGGGCUAUCUAAGUGCUUAUAUUUUUGUUACUUACCUUUGAUAACUGUUUUAAAUGUUUUUGUGAAAUGUGUUCUUAUUCAGUUUUCUGCUGCUUUUCUGACUUCAGAAAUAUAGAAUGUAAUAUGAUACUAUUGACGUGAAACUGGAAAUGAUUUUUCUUACUAUUUGUUGACAUUUUUAAUAGUUUCAUUCAGCUUUGUAAAUGUAAGAAAUUGAAAAGAUUUCAGCUCUUUAGAAACAUAUUUCACUGUUUUUGAGUUUUCUAACCAUGUUAAAGAACCAUUGUGUUAAUGUACUGCAGAGUACUUUUUGAACAUUAAAAACCUGUAAUAAAAA